AUGUCAUUUGGUAAGAGUCCAGGAAUUCGACCAAUGAUUUGGAAGUUCCAUCCAAGUAAAAGAGAUGAAAUUCGUCGAGCUUAUCUUAAAGCUAGACCAAAUCAACCAAUACUUGAUAAGUAUCCAUUCUCGAGCGAUACAAGUCAUCGUCGUCAUUUUCAAGCUUCUUGGUUUGAAUUAUAUCCUUCAUGGUUAGAGUAUUCUAUUGAAAAUGAUGCUGUAUAUUGUUUACCAUGCUACCUAUUUGCUAUGGAAUCUUCAAUCAAUACAGGUUCAAAUGCUUUCAUUGAAAAUGGCUUCAGGAAUUGGAAGAAGGUAAAUAGUGAAAAAGAUGAGGAAAUUGAGAAUAAUCAACAUAGACUUGGAGCAUCUAUUGAUUGUAUUAGAUGGUUGACUUUUCAAGGUUGCACUUAUAGAGGCCAUGAUGAAAGCUUGAGUUCAGAUAAUCGAGAAAGGAUAUUGGAGAUGUCAAAUUUUGUUAGAAAGGAUAUUGGAGAUGCCAAAUUUUGUAUUAUCAUUGAUGAAGUUCGUGAUGAAUCUAAAAAAGAGCAAAUGGCUAUUGUUUUGAGAUUUGUUGAUGUGGAUGAUUUUGUUCGUGAACGCUUAUUUGAUCUUGUACAUUUAACACUUGUGGCUGCUUCAAAAGAAGUACUUCAAUUUCAUGAGUUUUUCACACAAUUGACUGCUAUUGUCAAUAUUAUUGGUGCAUCUUGCAAACGACAUGAUCAACUACAAGAAGCUCAAGAAAUUGAAAAUACAAAAUUAAUUGCCAAUGAUGAGUUAAAAACAAGUCAAGCUACUCAUACCGUUCUUAAUAACAUUAUUGAUGAUGGUACAACUUCUGCUAAAAGAGUAUCUACAACAACAAUAGAAAGAGCUUUCUCGGCAAUGAAAAUUGUUAAAACAAGACUUCGGAGUAAAAUGGCAGACGAAUUUCUUGCAAAUAAUUUAGUCAUUUACAUUGAAAAAGAAAUUGCAGCUACUUUCAGUACAAAUUCAAUAAUAGAUGACUUUGAAUCAAGGAAAAAGCAUCGAGCUCAAUUGUCUAUGAAACGUCUAAAAAGAAAUUGA